AUGUCUUCCCAGCCUCUUCUCCAGACCUCCCAAGGCAAGCGCAUUGCGCUCCCGACUCGCGUCGAGCCAAAAGUCUUCUUCGCCAACGAGCGAACUUUCCUAUCGUGGCUUAACUUCACCGUCGUUCUCGGCGCCCUCGCCAUCGGCAUGCUUAACUUUGGCGACCGUCCGGCCUUCAUAUCCGCAUUUCUCUUCACCGGCGUCGCCAUGUUGACCAUGAUAUAUGCGCUUGUCACCUACCACUGGCGAGCAAAGUCUAUAAGGAUGAGGGGCCAGGCGGGCUUCGAUGACCGCUUUGGCCCAACGGUGCUGGCCAUCAUUUUGCUGUUGGCUGUUGUUGUCAACUUUGUGCUGAGGAUCAUCGAUCGAUCCAAGAGGGAGAGCAACGGCGAGCUGUAA